AUGUCCACCAACCGUCCAUUCCUGGCCAACUUUUUGGCGGCGUUCCGCGCCCAGUCCACGUAUAAGGCUUCGGCCGCUGGUUCUCAGUCGGCCACAGGCACCUCCUCGUCUCUCUCGCCGACUCAGAUAUCACAGAGUGCCCGCGCGAUAGCAACCAAGGCAAGCAACUCAGGGGCCUCCGCCGAGGCCGCCUCGACGACUCAUUAUCAUCAUCACCACUCAUCUUCCGCCGCCGCUUCCCACUCCCGACCCCACUCACAUACCCGAUCCCCACUGAAUCAAUCAUCUCCCGCCGGGGACUCCCCGGUGCCCUCAUCCUCCGCCACUCCUCCAGCUCCCUCGUCCCCGCCAACCCCGGCUUCGUCUAACCCUAUUCCGAUUGCCAAUGGGCCGGACCGCCAACGACGCGGGAGCGACAGCUCCAACGGAUCGGGCGGGUUCCGAGACGCUCUCGGACCGGAGAAAUGGUACAUUGGCGGGAGGACGCCCGGCGGAGAGGAGCGUUUCUAUCGAUUAGGGAUGGUAACGAAGGGCGGUGGCCGAUUAGGCGGGAGCGGUCGAGUGGGAAGCAUCGACCAGUUGAGCUUGUGA